AACGAGUUUAACCACCCUGGUUGAAAACUUGAUAUAGAUACAAACGCUAAAUUGUCCGGUGGUGAUAACUUAUUGAUUAUUUAUUUUUCAAGGCAGCUAUCCGAUUUGCAGGAUAUCUACGAAAACGAACCAGAAACAGUGAAUUCAGAUGUCCAGCAUGGGUGAUCAGCGUGGGACACGGGUGUACGUAGGCAAUCUAACCGAUAAGGUGAAAAAGGACGAUCUGGAGGGGGAGUUCACAAAGUACGGCAAGCUGAAUUCGGUGUGGAUAGCCUUCAAUCCGCCGGGCUUUGCGUUCGUGGAGUUCGAGCACCGCGACGAUGCCGAAAAGGCGUGCGACAUACUGAACGGAUCCGAGCUGCUGGGCUCCCAGUUGCGCGUUGAGAUCUCAAAGGGGCGGCCACGCCAGGGUAGGCGUGGCGGACCAAUGGACAGGGGAGGACGACGCGGCGACUUCGGCCGGCACAGCAUCACGAGCGGUGGGAGCGGCGGUGGCGGUUUUCGGCAGCGCGGAUCCAGCGGAUCCUCGAGCCGGCACACGGAGCGGGGCUAUAGCUCCGGCCGAUCCGGAGCGAGCAGCUAUAAUGGCAGAGAGGGAGGCGGCAGUGGCUUCAAUCGUCGCGAGGUUUACGGCGGUGGACGAGAGAGCAGCCGCUACAGCAGCGGAAGUAGCGCCAGCUAUGGACGCACUGGCGGUCAGUCGGCCGGACGCUUCAGGUCCCGCUCGCCGGUGGGAAACCAUCGAUUCUAAUGACAACACCACUCAUAGUUGCUUAAGGAUUGCCUAUGAGUAAAAAUUAAUAAAUAAUAACUUAAGUGCGACCGUAAAACGCAGACUCAAACAUUUAAAAUCGUAGCAUUCGAUCGUUUUCGAUUGUCCAACAGAUUCCCACACCCCCACAUCAACAAAAAAAAUAAGAAAAAACCAACAAAAAACUGAUAGUCGUCGUCUCUUCAUUAUUUAUUUUACGAAUAACCAUUAACAUGACAAUUGCAAGCACGUAUGUAAAAUCUAAGUUAUAACGUAGAAAACUAGUAAGAAAAAUACGCUAAGACUCGAACAACGUCAAACCAAAAUCUAGAAGUACGCAAUUUUAAUAAAGGAAAUGCGGAACAGUUUCUCGUAUACAUACAAGCUUUCGCAAAAUAAUUGGUCUAAAAUAUUAAAGAACUUUGAGAACUCGGAAUUGUGUAGGUGUUCAUUUUUACAGAACCUCUUAUAACCAACCCAAUAAACCCUACGAAAUGAA